UGAGGCAGGAUGACAGCUGAACGGACCGUAAAGGUACAGCAACGCAGUCUGCAACAUUAGCAACAACCAUCACAAAGUCCUGUUGUAAAGAGCAGGGCCGACAAAUUUCACCGUGUGACGCGCCUUUGUGCCAACCGGUGGACGAGUGUGAGUUCACCGGCGGACGGUAGCCGCUAACCCCCGGAUACUAUUUGUUCUUUUUCACCAAGAGAGAGAAAAAGAUCCGCGUCCGGAUGUGCCAGCAGUAUUUGGUUUUUCGCAUGGCGUAGGCACCUUUUCUGAAGCAGGGUAUUCUCGAUGUCUGGGGGGGUCGCAGGAGGCCCUCGGAUGGACAACUCUUCCCACUAACAUUAACUGCACUUCCAAAUUGGCCGAUUUGUGCGGGGGAAUGAUCAACGAGAUGAUUGUGCAAUAAAGAGGAAGAAGCGCUGUGAAACACCUCUCGGCCACCUCUGAGAGAGCGAGUCUCCGGGAAUACGCCGCGUUUCCGCCUCUGAAGCCAACGACGACGGGCUUUAAACAGUGUGUGUGUGUGUGUGUGAGAGAGAGAGAGAGACAGAGAGCUGCUAACGAGGGAGACGAAAAGAGGAAAUAUUAGUGUCCUUGUCUCGUGCGCGUGAGCCCCUCCGAGGACCGGGAAAACCUUCACGAUGACGGGCAGCACCCCAGCGGACAUGAUAAACCUGCGGCUUAUUUUAGUCAGCGGGAAGACGAAAGAAUUCCUCUUCUCUCCCAACGACUCGGCGGCAGACAUCGCCAGGCACGUCUACGACAACUGGCCGAUGGACUGGGAGGAAGAGCAGGUCAGCAGUCCUAACAUCCUGAGGCUGAUCUACCAGGGCCGUUUUCUACAUGGCAACGUAACACUAGGAGCCCUCAAACUGCCCUUGGGGAAGACCACAGUGAUGCAUUUAGUUGCCAGAGAGACUUUGCCUGAGCCAAAUUCCCAAGGUCAGAGGAACAGAGAGAAGACCGGGGAGAGUAACUGCUGUGUCAUUCUGUAAAUACACGCCGCCGCCACCGCCGGCCCUCCAUCCUUCUCAUCUGUUCUCGCCCUCAACAUCCUGGACCUAACGAGCUUGUCCCCUGUCCUGGAGCUUGUCCACAAUGCGGAUAUGCAUUCGGACAAAUGCGCGCGCACACACACACACACACACACACACACACACACACACACACACACACACACACAAACACACACACACACUCAUCUCUUUUUCUUCCCCCCCCCCUCUCUCUUACACUCAAACAUACAUAGAGAGACAGCAGGCUCAGGUUGAUCCAGGACACAGAGUUGGGAGCAGGAAAUUGAUUAACGAUAAAGUUGAUUCCUUUGUUGUACUUGAUUUGUUGUCAUAACUGAAAAUUUGAGGAAGGAACUGGAUUUGCAUGUGUUUUUUUUUUUUCUUAAUGCACACCUUUUUAAGCCUUCUGCCGCACACACACACACACACACACACACACACACACACACACACACACACACACACACACAAUAGACAUACACACCUUGUUUGUCCAUCCUCAGCCAGUCGGUGAAAAGUCAGUUUCUAACUGGCUCCUCAUUCUAGCUGGUUGUCAUAGUAAUGCAGUGCCCAAGUUUGUGUGUGUGGCCUUGUUUUCUCAUCUAGACUGCUGAGAAUUUUAACCACUAACAACUCAUCAACAUACCGACACAUACACACACACACACACACACACACACACACACACACACACACACACACACACACACACAGUAUGACACCCCGUCUACACAUCCAACCAUAUGUGCUUGUGUGAUCUCCCUCGGUGCAGCAGACGAAGCUUAGACGUGCCUGAUCAGAGAACUCAAACCAGGACACACACACACACACACACACACACACACACACACACACACACACACACACACAAACACACACAGAGUAUACACACACACACACACACACAGAGUAUACACACACACACACACAGAGUAUACACACACCUGUGUCCUUUUUACUGCCCUCCUCUGCAUGUGCCCUCAAAGGUCACAAGAGAGAAAUGAUUCCUUUUUUGUCUGCAGAGCGCCGUACAGACCGAACACGUCCUGCUCUUUCACUCGUCAUAUUUUAGCCAAACAAAGCCUGACAGACAAACAAAUAGACAAGCAGCCAGUGUUGGUGGUCUUGUUUUGGUUAUUUGUUUGCCCAUGACAUUUGUGACUGUGUUUUGACAGUCCGCGCACAUUGCUGACCGACCAGUGUUGUGAUUAAUAAAACGUCAGUUUUCUUCCCUCCCUGAUGCACCGUCCCUCUCUCAGAGGAAAGGCUCAUUGUGCUCCUUUUUUAAACAGUGUUGUGAAGGAUCUCUCUUGACAAUUGCUGCCCAAGCAGGGAAAUCAACUCGGAAUGAAAAUAUUCCUUAUUUGUCUUAAUUCGCUUCUUCCUCUCUCCUUGAUUCUCUCUCUGCAUUAAUAAGUCCAUUUUGCACAACUGAAGCAUGUGCUCAUCAUCAGAUUAAUAAAAAUGUAUAAAAAGGUUUAUUGUUUUAUUUUAUAUUUUUCCAAUGGAAGUAAUGUUCCAAACUAAGGUAACGUGUAGAAUAUAUUUAAUAUGAAUCUUAUAUAGAACAUGAUGACUCUAGAUCUUGUUGAUAUACAGUAUAUUGGUGUUUAGUCUAUGAUUGUGUAUACGGUUAGCUUCUAGCCAGUUCACAGUCACUCGCUGACAAUGUCUUGUGCUUAACAGCGGCAGAACCUCCCUAAUCAUCGACAGGCUCUAUUUUUAUUUCUUCUUCUGUGCUCUUUUAUUAUUUUUUUUCAUUUGUUCAUAAUUUAAUGUAAUCCUUUUUUUUUCUUUGUGGUUUUUUGCUUUAAAUGAUCGCUUUGUAACAGCACUAGGUCUUAAAAAAAAUAUUGUUUAUAUUGAUCAGGGUUCAAAUCUGUACAGAGAUAAACGUUUUCAAACCAAUUGUAAAUAGCACUAAUGCUCCCCCUCCCUCUCCAAACUUCAAAAUGGAAUACAUCUGUAAUCUAAAUAAAGGUUAUUGAAGUGU